UCCCGCACCCGGUACCGCCGCUGGACGCUGCCGUGAACGGCUGCCUGGAGCGUCUGGCCGAGCGGGCGCUGGACGUCAGCCGUCUGCCGGCGCCGCCGCCGCAGCUACCGCCCUCGCUGCCGCUGGCGCCGCCGCCGCCGGCCGCCGCGCCGCGCCACCACUGGGCGGCGGACCACAGCUCUAAUGGCUGCAUGCGCUGCGGGGCGGCGUUCAACGCGCGCUUCCGGCGCCACCACUGCCGCCGCUGCGGUAAACUCGUGUGCGAGCCGUGCAGCAAACACCGCGUUCAGCUGGACGGCUGUGGCCCGGCCCCGGUGCGAGUCUGCUCCGUCUGCGUGAUGGCCGUGUCGGAGCAGCCCGGCGGCGAUCAGCUGUCGCCGGAUGACGUCACACGGGCCCGGGAGCCGUGCUCUGCCGGACCGCCGGCGCUGCGGCUCACCGACAGCGCCGCGCACAACGUCCGCCAGCUGGAGCGGGUGCAGUUCGGGCACGCGCCGUCCGUCUCCACAUGUCUGCUGCUGCUGCAGCUGCACACAGACGCGGCGGCCGGCGGCCGGCUGGUGCUGCGCGCGGCGCGCCAGCUGCUCUGGCAGCCGCCGCCGGCCGCCGCCGCCCACCCGGCGCUCACGGCCGGCCUGGCACGACAGCUCGCUCUGGCCGCCAAACUGCUGCUGGCGCGCGCCGAGCGGCCCGCAGAGGAGAUGGCCGCCUGUGACGCGCUGCUGCGCGCCGCCGACGUCAGCCGGCUGCUGGAGGAGGCCGGCUGCGGCGAGCUGUCGGCCGGCGCUGACCUGUCGGACCGCGCCGCGUUGCGCCGCCUCCAGGCCGCCAUGGUAGGCCGAGAGCUGUGGCGGCCGGCGCUCGACGUCUCUACUAAGGCCGGCCUGGACUGCGGCGCCGUCUGGGCCGCCUGGGGACUGGCCACGCUGCGCGCCGGCGAGCUGGCGGCGGCGCGACCGCGGCUGGCGCGCGCGCUGCGCCCGGCCGCCGAGCCGGACCGGCGCCGCGAGCAGGCGCGCCUGCUGUCGGCCGUGCGUCACGGCCUGUAUGGCCGGGCGGCGGCGGUGGUGCGCGAGCUGACCGUGCGGCCAGAGGACUUUCACCGGGCGCUACUGGUGCCGGCCGUGCGGUGCGGACAGCUACAGCAGCUGCUGGACGCCCUCAGGAAGGACAGCCCCUCCCUCAGAGGCUGGAAGGUGUACCUGGAGUUCAGCUGCGCGGAGCUGCAGCAGUCGGGCGCGUGGCACACGCUGCUCCAACUACAGCUGGCCUGUGGGGACCUUCUGAGGGCGGCCAACACCUGCAUCCGAAUCUACUGCCGACAGACCAACUAUCGCUGCUACGCGCAGUCUCUGCACCAUCUGGAGGCGGCCCGGGACCGGCUCAGCGAGUACCUGAACAGAGCCGACUGGAAGGCCGCCCGCGCCCCAUCCGGACGCAUGCCGCUCGUGUUGCCAUGGAAACAGGUGUCGCAGCAGCUGACUGCCGUCGAGCUACAGAUUCAGGUGACUCGUUUUCUGAGCGAGCCGCGGCACCUGAGCGAGCAGACGGCUCUCUCGGAGGAGCCGGCUCCCACGCUGCUGGCCGGGCCGGACCAGCGGCGCCGGCUGGUGGUCACACUGCUGGCGGCAACUACCAGCGUACCGGACGCCCUGUGCCUGGCGCACCGGAUCGAGCGCUCGCUGGGCGUGGAACUGGGAGAGCUGGUGCCGGCCGUGGCCGAGCGGCUGGUGGCGGCCGGCCGCUGCGACCAGCUGCACCAGCUGCUGCAGCUGCUCAUGGACACCACGCAGCUGGGACAGCAGACGCUGCGCCGGCUAGUGGCGCUGCCGCCGGCUGGCCACCCGUGUGUGGGCCUGCUGCUCACCGCCAUCACCGAGCCCACCGUCAGGCUGGAGGCGCUGGUGCAGUGUCGCCGCUACAAGGAGGCCUACAUGUUGGCUGCCAGCCGGCGCCGGCCUGCCGAGGUGUCCGCCGUGCUGACAGGUGCCGAGGGGGCCGGUCAGACCACUGUGGCCACCAUCUGCCGGCGCUGGCUGCAGCGGCACGCGCCGCACCUGCUCUCACAGACGGCUGAUCGGACGGCGGAUUCUCCGCCGCCCUCCAGCGUGGCGAGCUCGCCGGGCCCGGCCACAGACCUGGCGUCCGGUGGCUCACCGGCUGGUAGCUCCGCCGGGACCUCCACUGGCGCACCGACUCCGGCCGCCGGCUGUCGCUGAGACCAGCCGUCCUGGAUCCUUUACUGUUCAGAAGGGUCGCGGCAGUUUAGAGGCAGAGGAGGCUGUCCCUUGUUAGGGACGGCGACGACGAACAGGGACCGAUUACUGACAGCAUUGCAUUUGACACCGACCCAGUCUAUCUUCUCCGGCCGGUCAGUCGACGUUUUGUGAGCCGCUGCCGGGGGUUGUCACAGACGCCUGGCUGACCGGUACGAUAGUGUCCCGUUGCUGCGGGGCUGGGCGAAGCACAACGAUGGUAAUUCAGGACGGGCAUUGGACUUGGCUGUGAAUGUGCCAGUUUUUUGUAUGCGCUCUGCUUUAACGUUCAUUUAGGGAUUCAGUAGGGAACUAUGUAUCCUGUAUUAUCCAUAACCCGUGGGACAGACCGUAAUCUAAAAUAUGUAUCUCGUUUAUUCAGUGUCACGUGUUGAUAGCCUAGGUCUUUCAGCUGGUUUACCCUCAUCCACAGCAGAUCAAUACGUUUCUGAACUAUGCAUGGCUAAGAAACUUUAAUUGUUACUCUUACAGUAUCAUUCUAGCGUCGUCUUUGUUCAAAUAUGUUUUCUCAGGAGCGGCAUUAUACGAUGGCAGUCGCAUCUUUCGUGCGUCCUAUUGCUGCUAAUCACACAUUGCUCGCAUAAAUAGUGGCUUUCAUCUGACUUGUGUAGAUUGUACUUGAUAUGGUUCCUACGGUAUUGUACGACUGGGCUUAACACUUGGCUGUGUAUGAAUCCGGAGCGUAUUUCGUCAGUGUCAGUAGUUUUCUUGGACACCUGUAGCUUUAAUUGCUCAGAUCGGGUGCUCGAUUUUUCGGCAAAUAGUACAUGUUUCUUGCAGGCCUGUGUUCGUUCCCGAAACAUCUGGGUUUGAGGUAGAAUCCACGUUGGAUCGGCCACAUGUGACAGCCGCUGGUCGGCUGACAUUGCCGAAAGAUGACAAUCCUAUGAACGGUCGAUUACGGAAACGCAUGCGAUUGGCCGCAAUAUGUAUCCAAAUGUGGACCAAAGCACUCAGUUGUGUGUCUGUUGUGGGGUGCCAUAGUACUCAGCUGUGGGCAUAUUUAUACUUUCUGCUAUCAUAUUUUUGUAUAAAGUGUGUUUUGUAAGGAUUGCAAAGAGUGCACGUGUGGUACCAAAUAUAAAGUAAAGAGCA